CUCAUCUCAUAAAUUAAGAGCACAACACAUUAGUACAAUAUAAUUAACCGGCCAUCCAACUGCGCGGGCUCCCACUGUUCUGCUAACAACAUUAGUAUAUACUCCGUACUAUGUACGAAGUAGUGGCAUACUAUAUAUAUGCAUGAUGGAAUACUACCUCUCCACUGACCUGUUGUCGUUGUUCCUCUUCCUCUGUUUCAUUAUUGGGUGUGUGGUAGCAGCAGGAGGAUGGAAAGGGAAGAAGUCAUCGAAAACACUGCCGCCAGGGCCGUGGAGACUUCCCCUCAUCGGAAGCUUGCACCACCUAGUUUGUGAGUUCCCGCUACGGCGGUUGAGAGACCUGGCUAAGAUACAUGGCCCACUGAUGCACGUCCAGCUGGGACAAGUGAGUGCAGUCGUCGCCUCGUCCCCUGACAUGGCGAAGGCCGUGUUCAAGACUCACGACCUCGCGUUCGCCUCCCGCGCCAAACUCUUGCUCCCGGAGAUCGUGAGCUACAACCGAACCGGCCUUGUCAUCUCUCCCUACGGAGAUUACUGGAGACAGAUGCGCAAGAUAUGCAUCCAUGAGCUCCUCGGGCCUAAAACCAUGCAGCGCUUCGGUUCGAUCAGGCGGGACCAAGUGUCCCGCCUCUUGACCACGGUCAGUUCUCACGGCGGGCGAGCCGUGAACCUUACGGAGCUCGCGUUGGUGUUCACGAGCUCGAUGACGUGUCGAUCUGCAUUCGGGAGCACUUUCAAGGAGGGUGAUGAGCUCAUCGUCCACAUGAGGGAGAUGAUGGUCCUGCUAGGAGGGCUUGACGUGGCGGAUAUCUUUCCAUCCCUCAAACUCCUCCAUGGGCUCAGCCAUAGGAGGCAAAGGCUGCUUAGGCUCCAUAUGAGAGUCGACGCCAUCCUCAAUGUCAUCAUCGACAGCCACAAAAAGAACAAUGAGGGAAACGGGGAGAUGGGGCGCGAGGAUUUGAUCGACGUUCUCUUAAGGAUGAAGCGUACUGAUGAUGGGCUUCAGUUCCCCAUCACGGACGACAACAUCAAGGCCGUUGUGUUUGACCUGUUCAUCGCUGGAACAGAAACAUCAUCUUUGACAAUCGUAUGGGCAAUGGUCGAAAUGUUAAGAAAUCCGAGAGUCCUAGCCCAAGCUCAAGCCGAAGUGAGAGGGGCCAGCUUCAACAACAGCGCUUUCGACGUAAAAGACGUGGAAGAACAACUCAAAUUCUUAAAACUUGUAGUCAAAGAAACUCUUCGCCUCCACCCCCCAGCACCGGUUACAAUCCCCCGAGAAUGCAUUGAGGAGACAGAGGUGAACGGCUACACAAUCCCGGCCAAAACAUGGAUCAUGGUCAAUUUGGCGGCUGUAAGCACGGACCCGGCUUAUUGGGAGAAGGCGGAUAGCUUCCUUCCGGAGAGGUUCGAGAACAGCACCGUUGAUUUCAUGGGGAAUAACUUUGAGUUUCUCCCGUUUGGGAGUGGGAGGAGGAUAUGCCCGGGCCUCUCCUUUGGUUUGGCCAAUGUCUAUCUCCCUUUGGCUAAAUUGCUUUUACACUUUGACUGGCAACUCCCCCCAGGACCGCUGUAUUCCAGCAGCUUGGACUUGGAUGAAUCUCCUGGAGGUACUGCCCGGAAGAAGGACCCUCUUUACUUGCUUGCUACUCCAUAUAUUCCUCUUCCUUAACUCUAUCAAUCAAUUUAAUGCAUUUUCUGAUUAAUAAUAUAACUGCACCAAUAAUGAUUGUGAGUAAUCAGCCCUGCUCUAAGUUCUGUUUAUACAUAUACAGAAUAAUAAUGUUAAUCACUUGAUGAUGCAAGGCUCCCCUUUUAAUUGUCUCAUCUUUAUUAUUAGGUGGCCAUACCUAUAAUUAUGCCACUCUGUACGUAAUAGCUUGUCUAGCUGCCUUACUGAGAUCUUUUACCCACAUUUGUUUUCUUAUUCAUUGGCUUUUAAGGUGAUAAAAAUUUAGGAUUAUAUAUAAGCAUUUAGUCC